UAUAGUUAAAGCUUUUAGUGAAAUAAAAAAAGCUAGAGAAGAAAUAAAAGAAGUACGAGGGCUUAUUGAAAAUUCAAUGCUUUCUACUGACAUACUUUCUUUACCACCGGACUUUCCUGUGCAAUUUCCACUUAACACGCAUGAGGACAUACAAGUACUUGAACACUAUUUGGAUUCUAGCGAGAAGCAAAAUCGUCUGUCAUCAUACUUGUCGUCUUUAGGCGGUACUAUUACUGCUUCACGAACAAAUAGAAUCCUGCGAAAAAUGCUUAACAACGAAUUAGCUAAUGAUUAUAAUUUUCUUGGACAAAGAAAAAAUAAACGACCUUUUGGAACUCUGAAAAUGAAAACAGUGGUACUAUGUGCAGUGCAUAAACAAUCAUCGUCUAGUACUGAUCAUGAUAUAGAAAACGCGAUUAAAAUCUGGCUGAAACACGCUCACCAACGGUUGACGGUUGAAAAAAAGAGAAAACAACAACUAUAAAAUAGGAAUUUGUUUCAUUAUAAAUACGUUUAAUAUUAAGGUAUAUAAGAGCAUUACAUUCCCUGUAUAAGUGUUUUCGUAAUUAUCUGUUUGUGAUAUUUUAUAUUAUUGUUUAAACAUACCAAAAACGAGGCGGAAACGAAAAUAUGUUAUGCGACGACAGCAAUAUAGAAGAGUUGCAGAAGCUGUAAAGGAUACAUUUUUUAAUACGAUUCAGCAUAAUUCAAAUGUUAUUUCUCACAAACAAUCGUUUAAUUUAUGUGAUAAUUCCGAUGGAAUAUAUGACACAGAAAAAACAUUAUUUGCUAACGAAAUAAGUAAUGAUGAAACAAAGUAAUAUUGUUAAUUUUAACGUGAAUAAUGCAUGUUUGAAUACAGAAUGUUCUAGAAUAUAUAAUAGCAAUA